AUGGAGGUUGAAUCUGCCAAAAGGCUACUCGGCAAUGCCACUACCUCCCUGGCGGCUGCAAACCGUGCCCUGACUGCCCUGGCCUCCCCGGAGACGCGGGACCGGCCGAGCUCUGCCGCCCUCCUCGCUCGCGCCUUCCACCGCAAGGCGGCCGCGCUGGGAGCGCUGGGCGACUCGGUGGAGGCGGUGCGCGUGUAUCGCUCCGGCCUGGCCGCCUGCGGGGGAGCGGCGCCCGCCCUGGCGGCGGCACUGCGCUUGACCCUGGAGAACCUGCCCGCCAGCUGGCACGCCGCCUACUGGUGCGGGCGGAUUGAGGCGGGGCAGGGACCCGCCCCCUUUUCCUCCAGGGACGGCAGGCGCCUGGCCGGCAUCCCCCCCGACGCCCGCCUCGCUCCCGGCGAGCUCCGUGCCGCCCUGGAGCGAGUGCUCGCGACCAGGAGGGACGUGGCGGACGAGGCCGCCGACUUGCUUUGCCAGACGUGGUCACGAGGCCGCAAGCAGCCCGGGCGGGCGGAGCUGUCGUACCUGCGCGGCGCCGCCUACCUCGAGGCCGGCGACGCCGGCCAGGCCCUGCGAGACGCACGCUGUGCCAUCGUGUUCGGCCCCCGCGCCGGCCCGGCCGCCGAGGAGCGGACCCCGGAGGCCGACGCCGGGGACGCGGGGGAGGAGGGGUGGGGCGCGGCGUCGCCCUGGCUCACCGCCGCGCGUUCCUCCCUCUGGCCGGCGGCGCUGGGCCUGCUGGGCGCCGCCUACGAGGCGACGGGCGACAACGUCCGGGCGCUGCUGCUGGCCUGCCUGGCCGCGGAGGGGGCGGGCGGCCACGAGCGCGAGGGGAGCGACGAGGGGGCGGGGGGGGCUUGCCCCGAGGUGCCCGCCGUCGUCGGCAGCUCGGCCAAGGGGGCCGUGUGCGGCGGCCCUGAGGAGGGCCAGGACGGCGGGGGCCUGGAAUCAGGGCAGCAAGAAGAAAGCGUGCACGAGGCGGCACGGCGCCGCCUCCUGCGCCGCGUCCCCGAGGAGUGCGUGGCCGCCGUGCGGGCGCGCGGGAGCGCCGGCCUGCUGGCGCUGCUGUCCGCGGCGCACACGCAGGCCAAGCCGGAGGUGCUGCGCAGGCGCCCCAAGUACUACUACUACUACGAGUGGAUGAAGAAGCGCAUCCUUGAGCAGGCAAGGCCCCUUGGGUCGCGUCGUGGAGAGGGCUCCCGUUACCCCGCACUGCCCGAGCCGGUCAUGGACAAGCUGCUGACGUUGGAUGCGAAUGAGCUGGACCUGGUGCUGCAGUACCCCCAGGCCACGCGGCAGAUGGUGGAUAAUCUGCUCGGAGUGCUGGAGACUCGAGGCAGUGCGGCCCUGGAAACCUACCGCGUGCCACUGCUGUCGUGGGAGGAGGUCAAGGCGCUCAAGGGCCCCGGCACCGUCGGUCUGGCUCUGGGGUCCUCUGCCGACGCUCCGCCAACGCCCCCCAAGCUCCAUGGCAGGGCCGCCGCCCAGCCCCUGGCCGUUGAGGCGGGGGAGGGGGGCGCUGCCCUGGCCUCAGAGAUGCCGGGGGACGAGUGGAGCCCCCCUGCCGUGGGCACUGGCGCCCCUUUCUUUGAGGAGCUGGACUGA